UCAUCGUUUUAUAUGAAAACAAGAGAAAAAGUAGGAGGGUGGCAGCGAUAACAACGACGUCACAUGAUACAUAAAGCCAAGCUGCCCUAUUCCAAUAUGGUGGUCAGCUUGGCGGAGCUUCGUCUCCCGUUGAUCAUAUCGUUCCUGUGCGGGUUCGGAACCUGCAGCCAGCAAGAACCGCAGGUUUCCGGGCUGCGCUUAGAGGACGCCGGCGAGCUGGUGUACAUGCGCAAACGAGUCAUCGAAGCUCCGCACGGCUCCAGUUUCAAGCUUAGAUUGUUCGGGUCCUACCUGUCUAAUGAGACCUGGCCGUGGGUCGCGUUCGCCCCCGAAGGAGGUACGGUUGAACCGUGCGCGCAGGAGGACCUCCGCAGGUCCGCUGCGUUUAACGUGAGCGGAGCGUUCGUGUUGGACACGGACAACAGCGGGCUUGUAGAGGUCCACACAGUGCCCGCAGCAUCCCAAACGGAACAUCGAUUGUGUGUCUUAAAGGGCCAGACGUGGGUCUCAUUUGGGUUGGACAAGUUUCGCAUAAAGGACCCCGAUGUGCCACCCGAUUUCAUUCCUCUUUGGGGUCUGGUUUUAGUCGUCGGCUUGCUGGUUUUGAUCUGCAGCGUGGUGAGAUGUUUAAAUCUGAGUUUGCUGUGGUUGGACCCGUUGGAGCUGUAUGUUCUGCACAGCUGUGGUUCCGAGGAUGAGAAGCAUGCUGCAAAGCGCCUCAAGCCCAUUAGGAGGAGAGGAAAUGUUUUGGUGUGCUCCCUCUUGUUCCUCUGUGCAUUGGGUCAUUCGGUUCUAGGGGUCAUGUUGUACCGCCUGUAUGGCUCCAUCCUACCUGCUGUGUUCACUAGCGGGUUCCUCAUUUUCCUUCUGGCCGAGUUGGUACCCCAUAUAUUAUGUUCUCGCUAUGGGUUCCAGAUGGCCCAGGGUUUAAUAUGGUUUGCCCAGAUCUGUCUUAUACUGACGUGUCCCAUCUCCUGCCCUCUCGGGCUCCUGCUGGAUUUCAUCCUGCGGCGUGAUGUUAGCACCUGCGGCAUCCGUGAGAAAACCAUGGAGAUGAUCAGGACUAGUGUCAAUGAUCCAUACAAUGAGUUUGUCAAGGUGGAGUUCAGCAAGGGUGCUCUCAGGACCAAAACUGUGGAGGAUAUCUUGACCCCCUUGAAAGAUUGCUUCAUGCUUCCCUCCACGGCAGUGCUGGACUUCAACACCAUGUCGGAGAUCAUGCAGAGCGGAUAUACCAGGGUCCCCGUGUAUGAAGAGGAGAGGUCCAAUAUUGUGGAGAUCCUGUAUGUGAAGGAUCUGGCGCUGGUGGAUCCAGAAGAUCGCACUCCAAUGAUGACCAUCACAAAGUUCUACAACCAUCCUCUGCAUUAUGUUUUUAAUGACACCAAGCUGGAUGCAAUGCUGGAGGAAUUCAAAAAAGGAAACUCCCACCUUGCUAUCGUUCAGAAGGUAAACAGUGAAGGAGAAGGAGAUCCGUUCUAUGAGGUUCUGGGUCUGGUGACGCUGGAGGACGUUAUUGAGGAGAUCAUCAAAUCGGAGAUCUUGGAUGAGUCUGAUGGUUACAUGGACAUGAAGGUGAAACGUCCAAUGGCCCAUCUGGAGAUUCAGCUGGAGUCCCGCAGUGUCCACGAGGAGUUCUCCAUUUUUAAGGUACCGGAGGGCGAACCGAAGAUACGCACGUCUCCUCAGCUGUUGCUGGCCACUCAUCGUUUCCUAUCCAGAGAGGUGGAACAUUUCUGCCCGCUGCGUGUUUCAGAAAGAGUCUUAUUUCAUCUGCUACGGCACCCGAGCGUCAACCAAGAGGUGAAGUUUGACUCCGGUAACCGCUUCAGUCCGGAUCACUACCUUUACACACGGAAUCACCCCGUGGAUUACUUCAUACUACUUCUGCAGGGCCGCGUGGAAGUUGAGAUCGGGAAAGAGGGAUUGAAGUUUGAGAACGGUGCUUUCACUUACUACGGUGUUUCAGCGCUCACGGCUCCUUCCUCAGUCCAUCAAUCUCCGGUCUCGACUCAGCGUCAAUCUCCCAGAGAUCCAUUUGAGUUGGGAGAUGCCACCAGCCCGUCCAGCUACUGUCCAGACUAUACAGUACGAGCCCUGACGGACCUACAGUUUAUAAAGGUGACCCGAUUACAGUACCUCAAUGCCCUGAUGGCCUCACGGGUGGCACAAAGUCCCGAUCCCCCUGAAAUUAAGAUUAUGCCCAACAGUCAAACAAAACUCUUAAACGAGAGAAACACGACUCAAGAGUUUCAGCUUCACUUUUCGUUCUUUGACCCAAUUGACAACUACUGUUAGUGUACAUUGCAUGAGACAGGAUUUAAAUGACCAGGCUCUACAGGUGCAAGCAGGCACAGUCAUGAAGCAAAACCAGAUGAGGAUCUUUAACAGUCAGAAAGGAGCUUUCUGACCUUCUACCUAACCCUAGUCCAGGACUUUUAAGGAUUUUAUAAUGACAAACUAAUUUGUUCUUGUCGUCUUAAAUGAAUCUUUCAUUGGUGGAGCGCGACGUUUGAGCAAGAAAUGAGACUGGUGUGAGAAAUGGCGUUUGAGACUUGUAAUGCUGGUUCUGCUGGGAUCGGUUUUUGCUGUACUUACUUCAUCAUUCUCUUGAUGUCACUUCCUGUGAGCAGUUUAAUUUUCCUUAUGAUGUAUGCGUGUGCAUAUGUGCUUCUAAAUACUUUUGAAAGGCUGCGUGCCAAGGUCCUACUAUUACUGCUAUAUUACGACAGCAGUAUUAUUGCUACAGUGUCUCCGUAUGGUCAAGCCUGAAUGUGCCAAAAUGUGUUCAGAGCAAGAGAUAGAGAAGAAGAACAGACAGAAAAUACUUUAUACUGGAAUAAUUCACCCUGAGAUUAAGCUUUAGUCAUUAUUUUUCACAUUCACUACAUUUUUGUGAAACACACAAGCAGAAUUCUCAUUUUAAAAUGGAUAGUUCACCAAAAAAUGAAACUUUUGUGGUCAUUUACUCACCAUCAAGUUGUUACAACACUGUACACAAAUGACGAUGUUUAAAAAAAGCGUUAAUAACCAAACAGAUCUGGGGCACCAUUGACUUCCAUAGGAUUAUUUUUUGUCCUACUAUAGGUGUUACAGACCUGUAUACAUUUCUUUGUUCUGUUGAACACAAAUUAAGAUAUUUAGAAAUAAUAAUAAUAUGCAAAUGGAUCUGGGGCACCAUUGACUUCUACAGUAGGACAAAAUAAUCCUAUGGUUGUUACAAACCUGUACACUUUCUUUGUUCUUCUGAACACAAAUUAAGAUAUUUAAAGAAAAUUAAUAACCAAACGGAUCUGGGGCAGAAAAAAUUAAUUACAACUAUAGUAGGACAAAAUAAUCCUAUGGAAGUCAAUGGGGCCCCAGAUCUGUUUAGUUAACUUUUUUAAAAUAUCUUAAUUUGUGUUCAGCAGAACAAAGAAAAGUAUACAAGUUUGUAACAACCAUAAGACUAUUUUGUCCUACUGUAGAAGUCAAUGGUGCCCCAGAUCUGUUUGGUUAUUAUUUUUUUUAUAUCUUGUGUUCAGAAGAACAAAGAACACAAAUUGAGAUAUUAAAAAAUUAAUAACCAAAUAGAUCUGGGGCACCAUUGACUUCCAUGGGAUUAUUUUGUCCUACUAUAGGUGUUAUAUUUAAAAAAAAAAGAAUAAUAAUAACCAAACGGAUCUGGGGCACCAUUGACUUCUACAGUAGGACAAAAUCAAAAAAUGUUAAUAACCAAACGGAUCUAGGGCACCAUUAACUUCUACAGUAGGACAAAAUAAUCCUAUGGUUGUUACAAACCUGUAUACUUUUCUUUGUUCUGCCGAACUCAAAUUAAGAUAUUUUUAAAAAAUAUUAACCAAACAGAUCUGGGGCACCAUUAACUUCCUUAGGAUUAUUUUGUCCUACUAUAGUUGUUAUAAACCUUGCAUACAUUACUUUGUUCUGCUGAACACAAAUUAAGAUAAAAAAACAAUUAAUAACAGAUCUGGGGCACUAUUGACUUCCAUAUAAUUAUUUUAUACUACUAUAGAAGUCAAUGGUGCCCCAGAUCUGUUUGGUUACAAACAUUCUUAAAAAUAUCUUAAUUUGUGUUUAGCAGAACGUAUACAGGUUUGUAACAACUUGAGGGUGAAUAAAUGAUUUACAUUUUUUGGUGAACUAUCCCUUUAAGCCCCAACAUAUAUGUGCCAAUGUGAAUUUAAACACACAAAACUGGAUUUCGAUGUGGAAAGCUGGAUUUUUUCACAUAACAAACUUAGUUGAGUGUUAGAUGCUGGGAUAAACUAGUCAUUAUCUGGGAUGGUGUUUCUUGCACUUUCGGAAAGGUCUUAUUUUUAUAAAAUUCAUGCCUUAAUGUGUCCCCCCACACACACACAUUUCACAUUGUUUCUUCUUCCCCUGGUUGGGUGCUCCCUUAUUAUUUGGCAAGUUCAGAAUGUUAGAGCUCCAAAAGUGUCAUUUUGAAAGUGACAUUAAAAGGUCAUCAUGAGGAUUUCUGUGUAAUUUUAACCGCCCAGUAUUGUGAGACAGAUGAGGGUAUCCACGCUUGCACACAUGAUGCUUCACACAUGAUGUGCGCUACCAUUUAAUAUUGAAAUUCCCAACAUCGUGCUUUACUUCCAGAUCAACCCGUCUCCUUUCUUCAGUAUCCACCGCAUGCCUGCAUUCCAGAUUAGCAGCAUCGUAAACAUUUUAGGUGCUUGGAUAUCUUGCAUGACUGUAGUGAUGCAGUCUAAAGCUGUAGUCUAUACUGUAUAAGCAACAAAGAUAGAAAAACUUUCUCAUGCCAUCACUAUUACAUUAUUCCAUUACUGUAGCCUGAGUAAUAGUGAAAAUCCCGGGGUUUGAGGUUGUAUUAUAUUUUUAGACAUAACAUUGUAGAUGAGUAAGUGAAGAUAGUACACAGAAUACUGUUACAACUUCUCUAUCCGUUUCAUUUACUCACUGCUAGAUAAGGUGCCAGGAUGAUUAAAAUUAAGUAUAAACAUCUUUAUUUGAGUUUAUAUCUCACAUUCCAACCUACUUUUGGUUUCAAAUUGGUGCAAAUAUGCAAGAUUUAUAAAAAAAGGGUUUUAACUCUUAUUCUGUUUUAUUGUUUCUUAACUUAGAGAGUUAUUUAAACUUGCUUUUAUGAAGUUACAAGUUUGCUAUUUUUUUUCUUUUGGGUGUAAUCAUAACCCAUCAGCUAAUGUUAACAUUAAUUUUAAAUGACUUUUUAGAACAGUGUGUGUGAUCCCGAGUAAAUAUUUUUUUCAGCUGUUUAAAACUCGUUUGUUCUGUUGUCGAUUUAUGUUCACAAAGUAAUGAAUGUAUAUUAUUAAAUCCUGUUGUUCUGCUCUAUUUAUCGAGAAAUGUUGGGAUUUGUUUGACUAAAUUAAUAAGAAACUAAAUCUAAAGUACAAGCUGGAAGCAGUCGUGUGUAAAUAUCAGUUUUUCAGACACAAACGUAUAUUAGCAGGUUUUCCAAGACUUAUUUCUGACUCGCCGUUUUUGGUAGUUGAGGUUGAAAUCUGCUCUGUAUUGUACACGAGCCAUUUAAUGAUCUUGAUAUGAUAUGUUUCAUAUAGAAAUAAACACAACACAGUGCUAA